CAUUGACCUCAUUCGGGGAACCUGAAUCCUCUUUUUAACUGUGAUAAUGAGCAGCAGGAGGUGCAAGCGUCAAUUGAUCAAAUUCACUCAACAUAUUGCUCGAUUAAUCUCAGGAACUCUAAACUCAGAUAAUGAGGACGAAGAACAGGAGAGCACACCAGUGCGGUAUCACCCAGAAAAUCUGGAACAACUGCUGUCACAGACCCACUUCACCAGACAAGAGUUACAGUUACUCUACAGAGGUUUCAAGAGUGUGAGAGAUUGUCCAAGUGGAGUUGUGAAUGAGGACACAUUUAAAAACAUCUAUGCUCUGUUCUUCCCACUUGGAGAUUCAUCAAAGUAUGCUCAUUUUCUCUUCAAUGCUUUUGAUAAAGACCAGAACGGCUCACUUAGUUUUGAGGAGUUAGUCUGUGAUCUCUCUGUUCUGUUGAGAGGCACUACUGAAGAAAAACUGAACUGGGCUUUCAAUCUCUAUGACAUCAACAAAGAUGGACAAAUUACAAAAGAGGAAAUGCUGGAUAUAUUGAAAUCUAUUUAUGAUUUGAUGGGGAAAUCUAUCCAUCCACGCCUUAAAGAGGAGGCACUGAAACAACACGUCCAGACUUUCUUCCAUAAAAUGGACAUAAACAAGGAUGGUGCAAUUACUAUUGAUGAAUUCAUUGAUUGCUGCGAAAAAGAUGAAAAUAUCAUGCAGUCUCUUAAGAUUUUUGACAAUGCAGUCUAAACAACAGUCAAGACCAUCAGCACUUGGAUUACUAUGGAUGAGAAAAACGAAUUGGAUCAUGUCAGCUGUCGGUCCUUUGUGAGUACUGUCCCGUGCUGUUGUUUGGGGCCAAACUGAAUCGCUCUAGAUUCCUACAGUUCUGGAAUGUUCUACAUGAGACGCAAUCCUUAGAUUGGCUUCGUUUGUGUCAUACUUUAUAAUGCUGCACUGUUAAGCAACUGAGGAGAAAAGUAGGGUAAUUAGUAUUGUGAUGCUUUAUUGAGUGUUGCUGAUGUGAGAUAAAAAUCGAUAUAUUAUUUAUUGGUUUUAAAUCAAUAGUUAUCGAAACUGUAUUAGGGUGUAAUGUAGACGUGGACUAGGUAUAACUACUAUAAAUAGUAUAUCUCGGAUAAAACAAUAGAUAGCCUACACAUAUUUAAAAUUAAGGAAUUAAUGCUGACUCGUAAUUAUAUUUAGUGUUUUAGUUCUGAUUUUACACACCGAUUGAAAUACAGGACACACGUCAUGAUAAUCCAUUACUAAUAUUUCCUUUUUACAGCUUAUAUAUUAUUUUAUUUUCAUUUAGUUAUUGUAAAUAUAAUACGUGUCCUUGUAUUCUAAAUGUUGUAUGGUGGCUUAUUAAAUGAGAAGCAGAAUUUGGAAUCCAUUUGUUCAGUUUAUUACAUGGACAUUUGGAGUUAGUCCCAUUCACUCACACCAGUAAAAGAGUGCAUAAGCACCGUGUACAGAUGCAGACGCAUUUACGGCAAGUUUAUUUGAUAUAAACAACCGAUGUGUAAACAUUUCAGUGUCCAUUUCAUCCUUAUUUACUGUGUUUACAUCAGGCCCCUGGUCUUACUGUCAUGGACAGAAUCAUAAUAAAAUAAACACACACACACGACACACACACACACACACACACACACACACACACACACACACACACACACACACACACACACACACACACAUGUUGUGUUUCCAUGUUUUAUGGGGACUUUCCAUAGACAUAAUAAUUUUUAUACUGUACAAACUUUAUAUUCUAUCCCCUAAACCUAACCCUACCCCUAAACCUAACCCUCACAGAAAACUUUCUGCAUUUUUACAUUUUCAAAAAACAUAAUUUAGUAUGAUUUAUAAGCUGUUUUCCUCAUGGGGACCGACAAAAUGUCCCCACAACGUGAACAAGUUCGGGUUUUACUAUCCUUAUGGGGACAUUUGGUCCCCACAAAGUAAUAAAUACACGCUCACACACACACUACACACACACUCAAUCACACACACGCACACACACACACACACUCAAUCACACACACACACGCACAUGCACACACACACACGCACAGACACACACUCACACUCAAUCACACACGCACAUGCACACACACACAGACACACGCACAGACACACACUCACACUCAAUCACACACAUGCACACACACACACACACACACUCAUGCAUGCACGCACAGACACACACUCACACUCAAUCACACACACGCACAUGCACACACACGCAAAGACACACACUCACACUCAAUCACACACACACACAUGCACACACACACACACACACACAUGCACACACACACAUGUAGUGUUUCCAUGUUUUAAGGGGACUUCGCAUAGACAUAAUGGUUUUUAUACUGUACAAACUUUAUAUUCUAUCCCCUAAACCUAACCCUACCCCUAAACCUAACCCUCACAGAAAACUUUCUGCAUUUUUACAUUUUCAAAAAACAUCAUUUAGUAUGAUUUAUAAGCUGUUUUCCUCAUGGGGACCGACAAAAUGUCCCCACAAGGUCAAAAAUUUCGGUUUUUACUAUCCUUAUGGGGACAUUUGGUCCCCACAAAGUGAUAAAUACACGCUCACACACACACACACACGCACAGACACACACUCGCACUCAAUCACACACACACACGCACAUGCACACACACACGCACAGACACACGCACAGACACACACUCACACUCAAUCACACACACACAUGCACACACACACACACACACACACACACACACACACACAAAGCAUUAGAUUGUCAACUUCAUAAUGUUUUUUAAGACUCCCAAAACACUAAAUAUCAUCAAUCACACACACACACACACACACACACACACACACACACACACACACACACACACACACACACACUUUCUUAAACAGCUGUUUGUCACUAUGAACUGCAAAAUGUUUCCUGUUCAUGAGAUCUUUGCGUGUGAUGUCUAAAGUUUGAUUUUGAGGUCAUUUGAUCUAAUUUUUUAUAUUUUUUUAAAUAUUGUAAAUGUAUGUUACUAAUGAAUAUCCUGGAAAUGAUCACAUUCAGGCAAAAUACAUAUUUGUCAUUUUCAAUUUUGUUUUAGAUGAUUAUAUCAAACUGUCCAGUAAGUGAAAAGAGAGUAUUUGGGGUAAAAAGCCCCCUGUUGCAGUGGCUAAAGCCCCCAAUUAAACACAUUGUUUUUCUUAAGUGGGGUAAAUAGAUUUGUGAUGAAGAAUGUUCAAAGUGAGCUCACAUUGUCUGA